CUUUUAAAUUCAAAAAGGGGAAAAAACGUUUGUUCCAAGUUUCCCGUCGGACGGUGAAAAACGAAGGACACGACGCAGCCAAAUAAACCACAGACACAACAAAUGACGGAAUAAAAGUGUCGGACCGAAGAAGCCUCCCAGGAUAAUGGGGGUAACCCCCUCUCCUCUGCCCGAGAGAGCCAUUUACGGCUUCGUCCUUUACCUCGGCUCACAGUUUGGCUUCUUUCUGUAUUGCCUGUGGGCCUUCAUACCUGAGGAGUGGCUUCACUCCGUAGGGCUCACGUACUGGCCUCAAAAAUAUUGGGCCCUUGCUGUACCGAUCUAUCUUCUGGUUGCGUUAAUGAUCACUGUGGUGUUGCUGUUCGGAGUGAACAUGAACAACACGGCUCCACUCCACUCCAUGGACAACAUCACAGAUGUGUACGCUCGAGGCCAGAGGACGGCAGACGGCCAGAAGGGAGGAAUACCCAGACUAAAAGAUGUUUCCAUUAGCGAAGUUAACAAAAUGUUCUACUUGUCGCCAGAGUCGUAACCAACAGGAAGUGAUUCAGACCUGCAGGAGAUUUCUGCUUUUAUUUAAUUGUCCAGGAUCAAUGCCACAAGGGAAAAGGGAUUUACUGAAAGAAUUGACUGUCUCUCACUGUUGAUUAUAUGCUCUGGAUUUGAUGCAACACAAUAUGAACACCUUAACAAUUGGAUGUAUAUUGGAGGAACUUGCAGAUUUUAUUCCAUAAAUUAGACUUUUACACACA